GUAGCUCCUCGGCAUAUCUCAUCUUCCCUUCCGUCUUGUUUGUUGGCCCUUUGCUUUAACAUUGACCUUGUUACGCUUCGCACAAGCCUUGCAUCAACCUGAAACACCCGCCCGGGUGCGUUCGCCAUGCCCACCCGGAUCACCUCGCACCGCGGUAAACUCGACCUCUUCGUCACCGUCGACGGUCAAGAACUCCCCAUCUACGACCUGCAAUACGUCGGAGGCGAACCGUCCGCAUGGAUAGCCUGUGAUACGGGGAAGACUUACCACGUCCACCUGGCCUGCAAGGGUUACCCCUCGUCCAAGGAGUUCAGGAAGAUGACUAGUAGCUUGAACGCCGAGUUGAGGUUGGACGGGGUGUUGGUCGAGGAGAUGUCUUCAGUAGGCCCUAAUUAUCCGCUAUGGAAUUGGCGGGAACAAGAGGAUAUGAAGGACAUCGUCUGGAAGGGCACGUAUACGAGGCCCGGGUAUAAGAAACCGUUCAUCUUUCAGGCUCCGCAAUUCCAAGAAAAGACCUCCAACCCCAUCGACCGGGAAAAAUACCAAGGCUUGGGUUCCAUCCAGGUUCAAGUGCGUCGAAUUCAAGUCAUCCCAUCGAGGCGGUCGGACCGCCAGUGGAGUAACAAGUUGGCGGAACGCGAUUCUUUCUCCCGGGUCAAGCUUCGAACGGAGGUCCCGGAGGACGCCAAGAAGGGGGUCUUGAGCAGUCUGACCGAACUAGGUCAACCCGAACCGACGAUACCGACGGUCAUGUACGACGUCGUCGGCGAGAACCCGUACGACAAGCAAUCCCCGAUGACGACGUUGACCCUGCGGUACGCGACGAGGGAGGUCUUGUUAGCUAGGGGGAUCAUUCCCAAGGCUCUUUCCGGGAGAGGUCAAGGCCAGGAGGACGAUCUCAAGCGGGAAUUGGAAUACGAUGCAAAGACCGAGUCGGCCAAAUCGGAGACAGGCUAUUCUGACGCCGAAGAUAUGCCCGUCGCUAUUCCUCAUCCCAGCGGAAAAUCUAGAUGCAACCGUAACGACGAUGGAGGCAGUACCUCGGCACGUCAACGCAAGCGACAACGGCAGAGUUACGGCAGGGACGUUGGUGGCUAUGACGAAGAAGAUGAGGAUGACAAGGAAGGAGUGAGGAGGAUGAUCAAGCGAUUAAAGGAGGCUUAUGAGCGGGAUGGCGGAAGGAUCGACUUGACUGCAGAUGAUGAGGAUACUUGAUUCGGGUGAUGAAGUUCGAGCCUGUAUUGCUGUUGGUUCCGAGUUCGAGCAUAAUACGCGACUGUAUGACAUUUUUCUGAAUAUUGUACAGGUAUCCGUAAUCGAAGUGGUAUGUUGUGGAAUGAAACGGUAUUUGCGUAGG